AUGUCUCCCUCCACCACCUCAGCUCGUCUCUCAAGCGACAUAAGAGCUCUCACAGAUGCGCUGACAAGGAUAUCUGGCUUCGCAUCAUCUCUGUCGCCCUCGAAACACCAGGAAGCCACCUCCCAUAGGACCUUUCACCAUGUCUCGACGCUUCUGAAUAGAGACGGAUCGGAGAAAGACAUGGCCCUUUCAGGAGUCUCGCUUCACCACCGGUUCUUGCUGUUUGCUGUGUGCUCCGAAGACGAGUCAGCGCAGUCUGGCAAGAGUACAUCAAGGAAGAUGAAGAUCGAGCAUCUACGCACUACGAAGAGGUGCACAUCACCAGAGCACAUGGACGCUCUGCUUAACUCAGGAUUGGAGAGUGUUCCCUUGAGGCAGCAUACCCUCGACCUCAGCCGUAUCCUCGAAGGGUUCGCUGCAUACGAUAUCCCAGCUGAAGAACGAGAGGAUCGUCAAUCCAAGUGUCUCGUUUUCAUCCUCCAGAGGUCCUUCGGUAAGAUAGCCCAGCGGUUCAACACCAUCCAAUCCUUUUUCCUUCGAGAACCAUGGUGGAAAUUCGCCAUUGGAUGGCAACCCAGCAAAGACGAACUGAAGCCGAAGAAGUUCAGUCUCAAGCCUCAUAUUGCGAUCAUCUACAAUGCCUUGUCGCCUGGGACGAUGCCAUUUGGUGCUUCGGUUAUUCUAGAUACUGCCAUGGCCGGAAAAUGUGUGCAGGGCCUCGGUGUGCUUCUGGAUGUCAUCGACAGGAAGAUCUGGACCUGUCGAUCAGCGUCUGCUUCGGAAGAUAGUUGGGAACGACUGAACACGACGAUAAGAAUGUUGUACUCGCUCUUAUAUGAGAGCGACAUACUCCGGCACAUCCUCUAUCUCCCAUGCUUUUCGCUGCACAUACAAUCACUAUCAACUGAUGAAGACAGAUGCGACGGGCCUUUUCUCUUCCGUCAACUGCAACGGGUAGUUGCCUGGCAUCGGGCGCUGCUUGUUCUAUCGGGGACGAAAGUAGUCCGUGCUGCGAUCCCCGUCGACUUGAGCGUCAUAGAUGUUCCCCCGUCUCCCUCAGACCGCACUGCGAUCAUGAAACUGGUCCACGAACUCUACCCGGCGAGCUCGUCCGAGACGAUGAGCCUUAUCGACUCGUAUCUUCUUGAUUUUGGGGUCUAUGACAUGGAUGCCAAGUUUCCCGCCCACCACAAGGCCAAUCUCCUGGGAGUAGUCAUGGCUGCAGAUUCACCCAACAUCGCCUCUCUGUUCGACGCCACUACCGCAUCAGAUCCUAGACGACUGCAUGCUUUGAAAGAUGUGGGUCAGUUUCCCAGCGUUGAUGUCCUAUCUGAUAAAUUGAAGGGUUUGUUGCAAGCGUUGGGUACCUCUGCAUCUUGUUGUUACAUGUGCGACAAACUGGCGUCUCUUCUUUCUAUCGAUCCGUCGGCCCCAGCACCUUCUUUCUACGACACAGUGCACCAGCCGUGGUCUCCUCCGCUAGGCUCUACAGUACAAGUCCUCCGACUCCUGCGCUCUGAUCUCAUGGAUCAGCUCAGACGCUAUCUUGACUGGGUCGUUCUCCAGGAGUCGUCCAAUCAGCGCAUCGAAGAAGAGAAGCCGUUGAGGAAGAUUCCGGGGCAGGGUUCCAUGUUUCACAUGAUUGAGACGAUAAUCGCAUCCCAUGUCAAGGGCUGAAGUUGGACUUGGAACAUAUCAUGCCUCGUUUACCUAUCUUUUUGGAAAUCGCUUAUCUAAUGUUGUAAUCCCUCGCUGCCUUCGCAUAUCUUGAAGCGGAUAAAGUAGAAUCUGGAAUCUGAAAUAUAAU